AUGCGAUAUGCACCAGAGUUCAAAAAGUCCCCCUCGCAUCUCCUGAAGAAAUUUGCAGUGUGCGACAUUGCUCUGUACGACAUCUGUGACUACAACAUCACCAGGGACCGCUGCAAGGAGCUCGGCUGCUGCUUUUAUAAGGGCGUAUGCUACGAGAAAGCCGUCCCCGUCUACGUGCAGGUGUUCUCUGUCUUGAUCGUGAUCAUCGCCGGGGCCUUCAUCAUCACUAUCAUUUACAGAGUCGUGCAAGAGAACAGGAGAGAAAAGGAAGUGCCCACGGACCUACCUCUUUCUCCUAAGUCCAGCGAGAAAGCGGAGGCAGCCCCAUCCGGCGAGCAGGCGGCCUCCCAGCCCGCGAGUAUGGAGCCACUGAGGAAGAGUGAGAGCGUCAGGGAGGGGGACGGUGAGCACGUGGCCAGCUUCCUUGACAAUAAUGGAAGAGGAGGAGACCGAGGACUGAGGGCACGACAAAGCCCAAGUGAAGAUCGGCAGAGACGCCCACCUGAAAGGGCCCAGCCGCUUCGGGCAGACCUGGCCUGUGGGAGCGAGGACGCUGAGUGGAAGCUCCCGGCGGCCAGCUGUGCCGCUUGUGACUGCUGCUGGAGCCCCGCGAAGCCACCACGCCACUUCUCGGAGCACAGGCUGCACCUGCAUGGGCUUGCUGACGGCACACCUGGGGACCUGUCGGCCUCCGUGACUGCAUGA